UGUAUCUUCUCAUGCUGAUCCUGACAGAAGGCAUGGCAGACGUGGUCCACUCGGCCCGGGACUGCCUGCAAGCGGGAGAGUCCUGCGCCAACGACCCCAGCUGCAGCGCCAAAUUCCGGACCCUCCGGCAGUGCAUCGCGGGCAACGGCGCCAACAAGCUGGGCCCGGACGCCAAGAGCCAGUGCCGGAACACGGUGACGGCCCUGCUGUCCAGCCAGCUGUACGGGUGCAAGUGCCGGCGCGGGGUGAAGAAAGAGAAGCGCUGCCUCAGCGUCUACUGGAGCAUCCACCACACCCUGAUGGAAGGAAUGAACGUGAUGGAGAGUUCUCCUUACGAGCCGUUCGUCCGGGGUUUUGACUAUGUCCGGCUGGCUUCCAUCACGGCAGGCUCUGAAAACGAGGUGACGCAGGUGAACCGCUGCCUGGAUGCCGCCAAGGCCUGCAACAUGGACGAGGUCUGCCAGCGCCUCCGGACGGAGUACGUCUCUUCCUGCAUCCGCCGCGUGGCCCGGGCCGACACCUGCAACCGCUCCAAGUGCCACAAGGCCCUGCGGAAGUUCUUUGACCGCGUGCCGCCCGAGUACACGCACGAGCUGCUCUUCUGCCCCUGUGACGACACGGCCUGCGCGGAGCGUCGCAGGCAGACCAUCGUGCCCACCUGCUCCUACGAGGCCAAGGAGAAGCCGAACUGCCUGGGGCCGCUGGACGCCUGCCAGGGGAACUACGUCUGCAGAUCCCGUUAUGCCGAGUUCCAGUUUAACUGCCAGCCGUCCACGCAGUCUGUGACGAGAUGCCGGAGGGAGAACUUCGCGGCGUGUCUUUUGGCCUACACCGGAAUCAUAGGGAGCCCCAUCACCCCGAACUACAUCGACAAUUCCACCUCCAGCAUCGCGCCCUGGUGCACGUGCAACGGCAGCGGGAACCGGCAGGGCGAGUGCGAGGGCUUCCUGCGCCUCUUCACCGAGAACCUCUGCCUCCAAAAUGCCAUCCAGGCCUUCGGCAACGGGACGUACCUGAGCACGGCCCUGGGCCCUUCCACCCCUCCAACGACGCAGAUGCGCAAGCAGGAGUGGAACACCAGCAAAGCAGGGACAACCCUCCGGGAGAACAUCUUCGAACAGCUGCAGCCCACCAAGAUCUCUGCCGAGGAGAAGCUGCUCCGGGACGCCACCCACCUCGCCUCCGAUGCCUCCAGCGCGGCCGGGGCCCCGGCCCUCACGGGCUGCCUGCUCCUCUGGUGCGCCUCGUCCACCAGCACGGUCCUCCUCGGGCCCAUGUGA